CAUGGAUUGUGUAGAGGAGGAGGUGGAUUUUAACUGGGAGGAGUACCUUGAAGAGACUGGAGCCACUGCCGCCCCUCACACUUCAUUCAGACAUGUGGAGCUCAGCCUUCAGAGCAGUUUUCAGCCUGGAAUGAAGCUUGAAGUAGCUAAUAAGGGCAGUCUGGAUACAUAUUGGGUGGCCACCAUUAUAACCACAUGUGGUCAGUUGCUAUUGUUACGCUACUGUGGCUAUGGCGACGACCGCAAGGCUGACUUCUGGUGUGACGUCAUGACAGCCGAACUUCAUCCUGUCGGCUGGUGCGCUCAGAACAACAAAACACUUCAGCCACCUAAAGAUAACGUUUACCUCAGAGCAGGUAAGCCGAGCCUACUUCUCUUUCUCUCUCUCUCUCUCUCUCUCUCUCUGUCUGUCCUCUUUUCUCUCAGACCAAGGGCAAAGGCGUCUCAGAACAGGGGCUUCUGUAAGGAUAUGUGGCUUGAAGCCGUGAAUCCACUCCAACCUUCCGAACUCUGCGUCGCUCGUAUCACUCAGGUCAAAGGUCGACUUCUCUGGCUCAGACUGGAAGGUCUGACCAAGCCAUUACCGGAUUGUAUAGUGGAUGUUGAGAGUAUGAAUAUCUUCCCUGUGGGCUGGUGUGAAGCUAACGGCUGUCCACUAACACAUUUACUAAAGACAGUCUGCCUGCCUCAGAAGAAGAUUGCUGUUGUUCAGCCUGAGAAACAGUUGGUCCCCUCACAGCCUCCGGAUGCCCCUCUUAACCUGUGUUCAUCCAUCGCCAUGGAUACAGGAUUGGUGAAUGGAAAGUACAGUUGUUCUCAGCUCUUCAUCAAUCAUCGCUGUUUCUCUGGUCCGUAUCUCAACAAAGGCCGAAUCGCUGAGUUACCAAAGGCCGUGGGGCCCGGCAAGUGUGCUGUAGUCCUCAAAGAGAUUCUGACAAUGUUAAUAAACUCAGCUUAUAAACCAGGCCGUGUGCUCAGAGAACUACAGAUGGUGGAAGACCCACAGUGGAACUGUCAGGAGGAAACCCUGAAAGCCAAAUAUAAAGGGAAAAGCUAUCGGUCCAACAUGAGGAUCGUCCGAACAGCAGAUCAAGUGUCUGAGUUUUGUCGUCGAGUAUGCGAGAGACUUCAGUGUUGUCUGAAUCUUUUCGGUCCAACAAUCGUGUCCGACAAGUGCCCUGAAAACUGCUUCAGUCAGACCAAGACCAAAUACACAUAUUACAAGAAGAGGAAAGUUGGUCGGCCAAGUUUAGGGGAUGGUGACAUGACCAAACCAGCACGACGGCGGAAGAAACGCAAAGCCAUCUUUGUCCAGAAGAAACGGCGCACUUCCAUUGUAGGAUACCAAACCACAGAGUCAGCUCAGGAUAGUGAUUAUUACUAUGAUGAUGAGGAAGAAGAUUUUGAGGAGUGGGGCAGUGAGGUAAGUUCCAGCUCACCACGUGAGGAGACCUCUGCCCACUCCUUCAAGGACGUCCCGAGGAGAGGAAGACCACCACGCCGUGCUGCUCUUCAGCGCAGGGCAACCCAUCCAGAGCCAGAGACCUCAGACAGAUCCUCUCCCAGAAGAACCACACGCUCUGUUUCUUACAGCCAGAACCAGACGGCCAAAAACACACACACAAAGACUGAGAGUUUUGAAGAGCAAGAUCGUCUGGUGUUAGAGAGGAAUCCUCUGGAAUGGAGCGUCUCUGAUGUGGUUGACUUCAUCACAUCCACAGAUUGUGCCUCUCUAGCAAAGAUAUUCCAAGAGCAGGACAUUGAUGGACAGGCCCUGUUGCUGCUGACGCUUCCUACAGUCCAGGAAUGUAUGGACCUAAAGCUCGGUCCUGCCAUCAAACUCUGUCAUCAGAUCGAGCGAGUCAAAGUAGCCUUCUACUCCCAGUUUGCUAACUAAGCUAACUUUCUGCCUCAGUGGACAUAAAUCAACAGAGACCUAUGUAUUGUACUCAGGGGAUAUAAAGAGUCAUUCCAUCCAUCAGGAAGCCUCAGGUUGCCUCAUACCGAAUGGAUUUUUUUCCUAUCAUUUGCCUUCAAUCUGAGAUUUAGUUAUGGAACAUGACAUUAUUUCUGCUUUCCUGCUAAAGAAAACAGUUUAAAGGUGAAGGUUGCUGGUCUUAGCUGGUUUGAGCUGGUCUACCUGGUCUCCCAGCCUAGUCAAACUGGUGUUUAGAGGAUUUAACUGGAUGGCCAGCUGGUAAAGUACCAAAAACCUCUUUAAAGCCAUCAAAAUAGACCAGCUUCAACAACCUUACACUCUUGAAAAUAAAGGUUCCAAAAGGGUUUUUUCUUAGUGUGAAGAACGUUUUAAAAAACUCUAAAGAAACUUUUUCCACUAUAAAGAACUUUUGAAUGGAAAGAUUCUGUGGAUUAAACAAUGCUUCUCCUUACUCUGUUUAUGUCGUAAGUGAAAUUUGAUGUACUGCGACUAUUGAAAAUCAUUUGAAAUUUGUGUCAGCACGUCAUAAAUAGAACGCGGCGGCAGUUUACU